GCUUCCUUCACGCGCCUGACAUGCUAGUGUUGUGUUAGCACGCUGAGGCGAGUGGACACACACACACACACACACACGGUAUUUGGGUGUAAACUCAUUUGUGUGAGUUUCCGCGGUGUUUAAUGAGGUUCGGUGGCUUGUGACUGAGGAACAUGUCUGUUUUGGGGAGUUUAUUGAACACCGGAGUGUCACUGUGGAGAAGCUCCCUGCAGCUCUGUGCCUCACACCUUCACACAGGAGCGUGUUUACGUGUACGGAUGCACACCAUCCUGCCCCUGAAGCAGGUGGACCGAUGGACGGAGAAGAGGAGCAUGUACGGCGUCUACGACAACAUCGGCAUUCUGGGAGAUUUUAAAGCCCACCCGAAACAGCUGAUCAGAGGGCCUGUGUGGCUGCGCGGUUUCCGUGGUAACGAGUACCAGCGGCUGACGCGUAAGAAGAGGAUGGUGGGAGAUCGCAUGAUGACCGAGGACAGACUGACGCUGGAGAAGAGACUGCGCUUCCUGUAUCGCCGCUUCAACCGAUACGGCAAACAUAGAUAGAUUGUGUGUGUGUGUGUGUGUGUGUAAAAAUGUAAAACUAAUGCCCUUUUCUGUUGUUAAGAGUGCAGACUCCUCACUGUAAUAUGACAAAAUAUUACAAAUAAUAUUUACAUCUGUUUAUUAAAAAAAAAUUACAAAA